GAGAGUCGAGGCUCGAGAGGCGGUGCACGUUCGCUCUCUAUUAAUUCGCCCCCUUUUCCUGUUUUUCUCUGUUUAUUUCUUGCUUUCUGCUCGUCGUCGCCAAUUCGUCGGCGAAUCCGAGAGCUGGAAGAAGGAUAGUGAUGGCGGAGCAGGAGGAGAUAAAGGGCGUACAGGUCACGCCGGAGAAGGCUGCGGGCGAGACGGAGCCCGACGCCGUCGAGCUCACGGCGCCCGCGGGUUGGACCAAGAAGUUUGUGCUGAAUGAGGAUGGUACACCAAGAAGGAAUGAGAUCCUCUUCAUAUCACCAACUGGUGAGGAGAUUAAAAGCAGGAGACAAUUACAACAAUACUUGAAGGCACACCCUGGCAGCCCAUCUUCAGCUGAAUUUGACUGGAGAACUGGUGACACCCCAAGACGCUCAGCAAGAAUCAGGGAAAAAGCCAAGGCUGUGGAGGUCCCAGAAGAUGAAAAGCCUAAGAAGCGAGAAAGAAAAGCAAGCUCAAAGAAAGAAACCAAGGAGAAGGCUACUGAAGGAGAUGAAGCUUCUCCAGUGAAAGAGGACAUCACCACAGAAGUUAAAGAGGAUGUUUCGAUGCAAGAAGUUGCUGAUGUUGAAACUAAAGUUGAUGAUGAUGCAAAUAAAGCCAUAGAGGAGGGUGUUGCAGUUGGGGAAUCACUUAAUGAAAAGAAAGAAACCAAGGAGAAGGCUACUGAAGGAGAUGAAGCUUCUCCAGUGAAAGAGGACAUCACCACAGAAGUUAAAGAGGAUGUUUCGAUGCAGGAAGUUGCUGAUGUUGCAACUAAAGUUGAUGAUGAUGCAAAUAAAGCCAUAGAGGAGGGUGUUGCAGUUGGGGAAUCACUUAAUGAAAAGAAAGAUCCUGUCCUGGAAAGCAACGGAAGCGAUGAAAAUAAAACUGAGGCAAGUUCAGAGAAUAAAGAAGAAGCAACACCUAGAGCUGAACCUAUUGUAUCUUUGCCAGCGGAUGACAAAAACAGCAAACACAACUCUGAGGAGGCUUUUACAGGAAAGGAGAAACAUGAUGGAGAUAUUUCAACAGAUAAUAGCAAACACGAGGAUGCAGUCCUGAAGGAACUCCCUUCAGCUAGUUGUGGCGAUGCACAGCAUCUGCCGAAAGCUUCUCCAGUUAAUUGUUAAAACGGUAGAUGUUCAGCUAUACUGUGGCCUGUGGCACUGCCCUCAUCAUUCCUUAGCAUAUGAUGAACAAUGAACUAUUUUUUCCUCUUUAGUAUGAACUUAUUUAGUGACAGCUAGAGUUUAGUAGUCUAGCUGCUUCCAAUAAUGUAUGUUGGACCCUGAAAAGGCAACAUCUGAACAGGUUGUUGUAUCAUGCACCACUAAUAUAGAACCUAAUCCUUGAAAGAUUUGUUAGA